AUAGGUGAAGGAAAAUAUAUGGAUGCUCUUCCUUUAUCUGAUCGUUGUUUACGUGGUGGGGUUUCUGAUCGGUUGCUACAGUUGCUAGUUGAAAGAGGUGAAGAAAAUCAUUUAGCCACUGACUUGCCACAUGGUUAUGGUAUACAUAGCGUAUGGAGCAAUAGUUGGCAAUAUUGUUUGAGAUUGAAAGAUAAGCAACUGGCCGCCAGACUUGCUCUCAAAUAUCUUCAUAGAUGGGAGCUUAAUGCUGCGAUGGAUGUUCUCACCAUGUGCAUUUGCCAUCUGCCGCAGGGUGAUCCUCUUAGGAGUGAGGCCAUCCUAGCACGACAAGCUUUGCAGAGAUAUAGUCACAUACUGUGUGCAGAUGACAGAUAUAACAGCUGGCAGGAGGUUGAAGCUGAUUGCAAGGAAGAUCCUGAAGGUCUUGCUUUGAGAUUGGCUGGCAAGGGUGCUGUUUCUGCAGCCUUAGAAGUAGUUGAAAGUGCCAAUUUAUCUAUAGAUUUGCGGAGAGAGUUGCGGGGCAGGCAACUUGUUGAGCUGCUUACUGCUGAUCCUGUCAGUGGUGGCGGUCCGGUAGAGGCUACAAGAUUCCUUUCAUCAUUCCAUGAAGCUAAUGAUGCUCUGCCAGUUGCUAUGGGUGCCAUGCAACAACUUCCUAACUUGCGGUCAAAGCAACUUCUUGUGCACUUUUUUCUUGAAGAGGCGUGAUGGAAAUAUGUCAGACGCUGAAAUCUCCCAGCUUAAUGCUUGGGCCCUGGGUCUACAUGUUCUUGCUGCUUUGCCUUUGCCUUGGCAGCAACGUUGUUCUGCGUUACAUGAGCAGCCUCUG